AGUCCAGGUUCCGCCUUUGACACUUCUGAGCGCAGUCUGCAAGCUAAGGGGCCUGGCAGGAGGGUGUGCGAGGCAGGGGGGGUAUGCGAAGCUGCUGGGGGGUAAGAGGUGGCAGGUUGGCCCAGCCUAGAAGCAGCCUUUUUACCUACCUAAAAGCACACUGUUAGGCCAACGAUGGUACAGGCGGGAGCCCACGUGUGCAUAAACCCACCGGCUUGUCUCCAUGCCUUCUGGGCACCUGUCGUGUGAGUGAGUGGCUCCGGGUGUGGUAGCUCUGGUCUGACGAUCAGUGCUGGUAAGAUUGAUCUCAAGGAUCCCAGGAGGAACCUAAGAAGUUUAAGGCAGCCGAUUUGAGUCUCUGAAGAGAGGGGGACAGGGAGUGGGGCUGCCAGUGGGUUGAGACUGCUGGUGUUCAGGGGGGUCAGCAAACCACUGACAAGAUCCAGCUCCCUGCAAAAGGGGCCUCUGGGCAAGACUUGGGUGACUAAGGUGGCCCUGGGCUGCUUAGAGAUCCAUCCGAUCCUGGCCAAUGAUGAUCACUGAGUGAGUGAGUGGCGCUGGGCUGAGCUGCCCUGGGCAGUUAGUUUGUUGCCUGGCACAGAGGGAUGCUUGCUGGCAGGACACUCAGAAGCAAACUCAGCAUGGGGACCAUCUGCUCCCCCAACCCCAGCGGGACAAAGACGUCAGCGGAGGUUUGCAAUGCCGACUGGAUGGCCUCGCUGCCCCCUCAUCUCCACCACGUCCCCCUGUCCAGUCUGGCAAUCCCAGGCUCACAUGAUUCAUUUAGCUACUGGGUCGAUGAAAAGUCCCCAGUGGGACCUGACCAAACGCCAGCUAUCAAACGCCUCGCCAGAAUCUCUUUGGUGAAAAAGUUAAUGAAGAAAUGGUCUGUGACUCAGAACCUAACGUUCCGGGAACAGCUAGAAGCUGGGAUCCGCUACUUUGACCUGCGUGUCUCUUCCAAACCAGGGGAUGAUGACCAGGAAAUCUAUUUUAUUCACGGCCUUUUUGGCAUCAAGGUCUGGGAUGGACUGAUGGAGAUUGAUUCAUUUCUGACCCAGCACCCUCAAGAGAUUGUUUUCCUAGAUUUCAACCACUUCUAUGCUAUGGAUGAUGCCCAUCAUAAAUGCCUGGCUCUGCGGAUCCAGGAGGCCUUUGGAAGCAAGCUGUGUUCGGCAUGCAGUGUGGAAAGUGUGACGCUACAAUCCCUAUGGGAGAAGAAAUGCCAGGUUCUGAUUUUCUACCACUCUCCUUUCUACAAACAAUAUCCAUUCCUGUGGUCAGGAAAGAAGAUUCCAGCACCUUGGGCAAAUACCACUAAUGUGCAUAAACUCAUUCUCUUCCUGGAGACCACUUUGAGUGAGCGGGCCCCCAGUGGCUCCUUUCAUGUUUCUCAAGCAAUUUUGACUCCGAGAGCAAAGACCAUUGCUCGAGGCCUGGUUGGUGGCCUCAAGAACACUCUGGUUCAUAGGAAUCUUCCUGCCAUUCUGGACUGGGUGAAAACUCAGAAGCCUGGAGCCACAGGAGUCAAUAUCAUCACGUCUGAUUUUGUGGACCUCAUAGACUUUGCAACAACUGUCAUUGAGUUGAAUGACCUCCUGCAAGAGAAUAGAGCUUUCACUAAAUGCUGAUUUAAUUUCUUUUUAAUUAGCUUCAUGUUGAAUUUGUUGAUCCAGGGUAGAAGAGUUUCCUGUUAGGAUGGCCCCUGGGCAGUAAGAAGAGGAGGGAAUGUUUUUCCAUCCUGGCUCGCAGGGUCUUUUGGAUAAAAUUACAAGCCUUUCAAUUGCAUUUUAUAAAAACUUACAUCCAAGGGGGAAAAAAGCAUGUUUCAAAUGAAAAAAAUCUAAGACUAUUCCCAGUAGCUUGUGAUGCUGAAUGUAAUAAGAAAAGAAGAGUCUCCAAAUUUCAUAAGGGCCUUAAUUGCCCCCUUUGACUCAGAAAAACCUAUUGGUUCCAGAGGGAUCCAAUGUUUGAGUGUAUGGGAAGGUACAGCAGGAAGGUGUUUCUGGUAUAAAGGCUAAUUGAGGUUAUAAAUAACCCUGAGCAGUGGUUCAAGUACCAACCUGGGGUUCUGAGAAGAGAAAAUAACUAAGCACCUGUUCUCUCUAGGAUAGUGAAUGUCACUACUUCUUUUCUGAGAGAGUAAGACUUAUCGUCAAGGCAGUUCAGCCAUAGGUUCUUCUUAGCUUGGGUUGAUCACCUGGAUUCUUUAGAUCAAUAAUGCAUAGUCAUCUAUUGAGGAAUGUGAUCCCCAGUUUUAAAACUUGAGUCCUCUCUCGUUCAGUUGAUCCUUUCUUAGAACUGAGAGAAGCAAAUGGGAGAGAUCUCUAGAAUGGGACCCCUCCAAACAGUCAUGCAUGUUUGUUGCAUGCCAGAUUUAUUUUUUUAACUUGAAUCUGUAGCUUUUCCCAAAAUAGCUGCCAGGUGAGCACCUGCAGCAUUUUGGCAAAGUCCUCUCUAGAGUGGGAGCUGCAUGACAGAUGUUAGAACUGUGUUGUAUUGUUGUAGUCUGCCUAGGACUUGGGUCUGUGCUAUGGAAGAAACCUUGUCGGUGAGAUCACGGAGGCAGACAGAGGAUGCAUGGGAAAGUGUGCAAUGGAUUGAAAGCAGAAGCUCCAAGUGUGUUUG